CGCUCUUUCUUACCUCGGGCCUUCGAUCCCCAGUGAAGCUUCCGGGGCCUUCCGGAGAUGUUCAGCCCAGGGCAGCUGGUGUCGGCUCUCACCCCUGCCGUCUUUCACUCGUCCCCAGCGCACUUCUACCCAGCCUUCCCUACCAGACUGGGCUCUCCGCACAUCUCCAGCCUGGUCAUCCCGGGACCUUUGCUCAGCUAUGAGAUCCUCCAGAGCUACCUGCAGCCUGAACCCUGCAAGCAGGCUCUUCUCCUGGCGACACAAGCAGCCGGCCUUGUGGGAAUUACAGAUUACAAAGAAGAGCUGAGGCCAGUGAAGCAGAGGAGAGCUCGGGCCAACUACAGCAGCUGGCAACUGGAGGAGCUGGAGAAGACCUUCGAGACCACUCACUACCCCGACAUUUUCAUGAGGGAGGCGCUGGCCCUCCGGCUAGACCUCAUCGAGGCCAGAGUGCAGGUCUGGUUUCAGAACCGCCGAGCCAAAAUGAGGAGGCAGAUGAAAAUUGUUGGGCGGGAGAUGGACCGGAUGUCGGAGAAGGAAAGCGAAGUAGCGACAGAGAAGCGGGACCACGGAGACCAGGAUGCUAAGGGUCCCAGCAGCGAGCCGGGGGACAGGAAAAAGCGGAAAAGGAACUGCCCUCAGAUUGCAUCCCAGGCCUCGGCGUCUCCGCCCGUCCCCAGCGCCCCUUUUCACAACCCGGUGCCGGAGGAGGUGGCUAAGGACCCCAGCCAUGACCAGCUCCGCUCCUGCAGCAUAGCAAAGCUGCGGGCCAAAGCCAGGGAACACGAAGCCGAGAUCCACGGCUACACCGCUAAGUCCGUGCCGGAGCAGCGUCCACACAGAGAGGCCUCGCCGGCGGACGUGGGCAGGGGCUGAGGGGCCCCUCUGCCGCCGCCACCUUCUCAAACCGGCCCCUGGUCAAGACUUGCAUCUGAAAGUCCGUGAAUGGACAGAAAAAGAACACUACAACUUCAACAUUAAAUGUGUCCUUUGUCAACAUGAAUUACUUUUUUAUUCAUUUACACUGUGACAUGCGCAUGCAACUGAUAUGUACCGAUUUAUAUAUGUAUGUCCAGUGCUGCUAUUAUUAUAAAUAUUUUUAUUACUAUUAUUUUAGUAUUUAGUGAGCGCUUUUAUUCAAAGCAGGUUAUACUUAUCUGGAUAACUUGAUUGUGGACUAAAGUAAUUCGGAUAUCUUUAUCAAUCAGGUAUGAAAUUGCAAACUAUUUUUUUAAUCAAUACAUAACAUGAUUUUUUAUUACAGGCUGAGUUUUCUGUCCAAUGAAAUAAAAUGAAUAAAAAUGUAACAAUUAGGAAAUAUUAACAUAUUUAAAUUUAAUUGAAACCUGUUGUAUUUUCUUUGCCAUUUUCCCAAUUGUUAGCAAUUGUUGUUGUUGGUGGAGGGGGGCGGGGGGGCAUUUCAAAUUUUAAAAUGCAAUUAAAAUAAAUUUGUAAACUAUAAUAAAUAUUUUCAAACUUUAGACAUCUUAAAUAUUUAUAUACGUGUCAAAAAUGUAUCAAGUCCCCUGAAAUUGGAAUAUUUAACACGAUUAGAAAUUGUAUAUAAAAAUGAUUGCGUGUAUUCUUUAACAUUUUAACAUUUGUUGGGUUGCUAUUUAAAUGUUAUAAUUAACAAUGGCUGACACUCUUCUUUCUAAAACGGCCAUUAUAGAAAGAAAUCCUUCGGUUUUCCGCGAUGCUGAUCCCGUCGUGACCGCAGUGAAAAAUAAAUAAAUAUAAUGAAUAAAAAAUGACAUCCCCAAGCCAGACAAA